CCAGCCGUGGCUCUGGCUUUGCACCCGGCGGCGACUGAGAACUGUGGCGGCUGCGGAGCCAGCAGCGCAGGCGGGCGAAGCGGAGCUGUCCGGCCCGGUGGCGGGCGAUGCCCCCGUGAGUCUCUGUCGCUGCCCGUCCCCGCCCCGCGUCCCUACCCCUUCGGAGUCCGCGCCCGCCGGGAGCCGGGCCGCGCCUACCGCCGGGUCCGCGGGGCGGGGUCCCGGGGCAGCACCUGCCUCGCCUUGCGGAGCCACUCCGCCAGCGGAGCCCCGCUCCCGGCGUGGACCCCGGCCCCACCUCGGGACCCUGUCAUCCCAUUUCCUCCUCCUGGAAGCCUGCCCUGAUUGCCUUUCUCUCCUUUCCUGAAAACUGGUAUCGGUGUGGACGUGGGGCAUCGUGCAGAUGCUCUAGGGCUGGGCUGUGAAGAAGGCAGAGCCCCCUGUGAUGCGGAACACUACACUCAGAUUCAUCAGCUCGAACUGCCUGAAGCCCUGCCGCCCUGAGGACCAUGUUUAACGGGGAGCCUGGUCCAGCCUCAGCUGGGGCCUCUAGGAACGUGGUACGGAGCUCCAGCAUCAGCGGCGAGAUCUGCGGGUCCCAGCAAGCUGGGGGUGGCCCCGGGACCACCACAGCCAAGAAACGACGCAGCAGCCUGGGGGCCAAGAUGGUGGCUAUCGUCGGCCUGACCCAGUGGAGCAAAAGCACGCUGCAGCUCCCCCAGCCUGAAGGGGCCACUAAGAAGCUGCGCAGCAACAUCCGCCGGAGCACGGAGACUGGCAUUGCGGUGGAGAUGCGGAGCCGGGUCACGCGCCAAGGCAGCCGGGAGUCCACCGAUGGGAGCACCAACAGCAACAGCUCCGAGGGCACGUUUAUUUUCCCCACACGGCUUGGAGCUGAAAGCCAGUUCAGUGAUUUUCUGGAUGGCCUGGGACCAGCCCAGAUUGUGGGGCGACAAACAUUGGCCACACCCCCCAUGGGAGACGUGCACAUUGCCAUCAUGGACCGGAGCGGCCAGUUGGAGGUGGAAGUGAUUGAAGCUCGGGGCCUGACCCCCAAACCAGGCUCCAAAUCCCUCCCAGCCACCUAUAUCAAGGCUUACCUGCUGGAGAACGGGGCAUGUGUAGCCAAGAAAAAAACGAAGGUGGCCAAGAAGACUUGUGAUCCCUUGUACCAGCAGGCUCUGCUCUUUGACGAGGGGCCCCAAGGCAAGGUUCUGCAGGUGAUCGUCUGGGGAGACUACGGCCGUAUGGACCACAAGUGCUUCAUGGGUAUGGCCCAGAUCAUGCUGGACGAGUUGGACCUAAGUGCCGCUGUCACGGGCUGGUACAAACUCUUCCCCACAUCCUCUGUGGCUGACUCCACACUCGGAUCCCUUACCAGGCGCCUGUCCCAGUCCUCUUUGGAGAGUGCCACCAGCCCCUCCCCCUCGUGCUCCUAAGGACCUCCCUGAGGACAAGAGGCCAGGGGCUGGAGGGGGAAGGGAGCCUGCUGGCCACACCGCCCCCCUGUACAUAGUCUCCAUGUCUUUCUGGACCCCUCGCCCUGCUGCAUGCCUGUUGGCCGCUGGGCUCGUCCCGGCUGGCAGUGGAGACUGUAGUGUGUGUUUGUGUGUCUGUGUGUGUGUGUGCGUGUGUGACCACAUUAUAUCUGUCCAUUUGUCUGGGUACAGUCAGUCCUGGUGACCACAUGGACUGCAGUCCACACCUCUGUAUCUUGCUGGAAAGAAUCCAAAGGAACAUCACGUGGACACAUCUCGUCCCUGGAGUCUCCAGGGGUGGAAGUAGGGCAUGUGGCCACUGGUGGGCCCUGCUUAGUCGCAAGCCUGGUUCUUGUCUCUGGUCUCCACUUGGUUUCCUGUCCUGUCUUUUGUUUCCUUCCUCCCCCAGCAUUGCUGCUCUUUUUUGAGGAAUGUAGCAUCCAUUGCAGCCGACCAUACCUGGUGCCCUCUAGGAAUCCAGUCUCUUCUCCCAACCCCGGCUGUGCUGGUCAUCAUCCCAUUGAAUGCACUCCACAAGCAUGUGGCAUGCUCACUCAUUGCCCUGGCCCAGACCCCAGGAAGACAGGAUAGCUGGGAAGGAGGGGCCUUGAGAAUGUUUCUCCCUGGGGCUGGCACCUUCUUACAGGCCAAGUGCCGGAGAGCUGAGUUCCAGGGUGCUGGCCAGACACACUGAAGGCCGUGCUAUGCCCUGUCCUCCCCUCUGUUGGAGUACGCUCCAGCAUGCCAAAGGACACCCCCCCCCCAGUGUACCGGGGGGGGGGGGUCUGUCAAAUCAGAUGGCCUUCUCAGGCAUCAAAGAUGGGCCUGACCCCUUUUGGGCUUAUCCUUGAGGGAGCAUGGCUUGGUAAGAGGUGUCAUGGGUAGGGCUGCUUGCUGAAGUCAGGAGGGCUAAGGCUGAAUUGUUUUGAGCCACUGUCAAGAACCCUGUCUGGCCUGGGGAUUAGCCGCAUGAAGCGUUCUUCCAGGGUUCUGCUUUCUUUGCUCAUCUCUAGACACCCGUCCCCAGCUGGGGCUCUGACACCCCAGGACUCCAGCCUCCUAGCUCCAUGAGCAGCCUGGCUCUGCACUCGAGGGUGCCUCUGUCACCAGCUCUGUACCAGCAAUACUUACCCCUCACCUCCCUGCCUUUCUUGAAUGGCCCUCUGCUCCUCUGGGCAGUGGCCUGCACUAGGCACCCCAGCUGCCUCUGCUUUACUACCCCGUUCCCUUGUCCGGUUGGGGCUCCUCCUAACCACUGAGAACCCUGUUGGAGGGACUAGUGCCUGGGCUUGAGCCUGGGGUGGCUGUUAAUACUAAAGGCUAGCUCUGGAACGCUGUACCCGUUCCUCUCCUCUUCAGCUAUAGGGUGGAAUUGGAGGCUGCCUGGGAGAUGGCAAAGCAGCCCUGGUCCGUGUCCAAUAGGAAGGAGGAGGGGUGGUGGGGGUAGGGUAGGGUAGGGGAAGGCUCUCUUUCUGCCUCUCUUCUAGCCCAUCUCCAAGUGUGGCCAUGCCUCUAGCCCAAGUCCCUAGGCAGGGAGAGCUACCAGGGUAACUGUGAAAAAUCCUUGGCCUGUGUGUGAAUUCCCUUUGUACCAAAGCUGGGGUACAUAAAGCCAGCCCAGCCCAAAAGACCUCCCUGUAGUCAGAGUCCUGCACCCUCCUUGCAAAGAAGGAUAGGGAAGAAGCCCCCCACACAAACUGGGGUUGAGGCGGAAGACAGUGAACAGGACUGAGGAUGUCUGCGCAGGCGGGUGAGUGAGGUAGUGGCCAGGGACGUUCUCUUGCCAGCCUUGCUGGCUGGGAGUAUAUGCAUCUCCCUCGUCACUAGACACGAGGCGAAGUGCUCUGGCCUCCGAGCCUUAACGGGUAGGGGGCAAGGAGGAAACUGGCUUGCAAAGGUGGUUUUCCUCUUGCCUGUGGCGUGCGCACCUGUAAAGCAGUUGUCCUCUGGGUGGUGUGAAAGCCAUCUGGAGUGGAGGAGGCUCAGUAACCCACUGACAGCACAGACCUUUGCUGAGGUAGCACUGAGUCACCUCCAGAAGUGGGAGCUGCCAGCAGAGGGGCUUCCGGCCUUGGAGUUUCUCAUUUAGGAGGCUUAGCACAGGGGAUGACCAUGUGCUGGGAACUCCUGCUGACCUGCCUGCCUACAGUCGGAGGCUGUAAACUGCCUAGGAGAUGGCUUGGCUGUCCCACCCCUCUCAUGGAAGGUAACCCCCGCCCCCACCCCAUUGAUCUUUAGGAAUUCACUCCUUUUAACACUGAAGAAGUAAUCCCACCUAGAUUCUUGUGCACACAUGUGGGGUGUGUAAGGCCAGUAUGUCCAUGUGAUAGAGCGGCUGGAUUUAAAGGUCUGUUUCUCAGCAUCCUGCCUGCAGGGCUCCACUGGGAUGCCAUUCUAGAGAUAGCCCUGUCUCAGAAGAGGCGUGUGACUUGCCUGGGCUGGGAGCCAUCUGCCCUUUGAGGAAAGGACAAUGGGCCAAGAAGUAACUGGGUCCUUGUGAGUCCCCUUACCAGCGGGCCACCUCACCUAACCCCUUGCCCCAGGCGGCAGUGGUCACAGGAGUGGAAGGAACUCAGCUGUCCCAUCUCCUCUAGGCAGGCCGGAUUCAUCGGCACUGUGGCUGAGACAGGAGUGACCCUGCAGCGAGCGAGCGAGCGAGCGAGCGAGCGAUGCUGGGCUGUGGGCAGCGAUGGAUGACUCAGAGCAUGUGUCUCUGUAUUUCUGCCCUGCUCAGCCUGUCCCACUUUUUAACAGAUUCCUUCCCUACAAGGAAGGCAGAGAUGGGACUCUGUGAUGGGAAACGUUCUCUAGGAAAUGGGCCAAGGCUUGGUUUGACAAAGGGAUAUUUGGUCCUUUGGGGGAAGAAUCCGUCCCAAAGGCUCUCAUCCAGUCUCUCCUCCCACCCAGCUCUACCGAGGAUCACCUAUUCAGCGGGUCCUGGGCAGUGCCAGCAUGCCAUUGGGUAGAGGGAAGACCAAGGAAGGCUCUGGAGAGGCAGGGAGGUGGUGCCUGGUGGUCCUGCACUGGGGUCAAGCUAACUCUCCCAGGGGCUCGACCCCCCCCCACCACCACCACCACCACGGAAGCAUGCCAGCUCUUCCUUUACUGCCAGCCUGGGGGAGACCAGCAGCCUCUGUUUUGUUGUUUUGUUUUGUUUUUUUAAAGACAAUUGAGCCCUCCCAGGGCAUUUCUUUGGAAAUGAAAUGUAGCACAAUCCUCAACUGUGUUCCCAGGAGCCCUGUCAUAGCCAGGGGCCUCACACUGCAGGUUCUGCUUCCCCGGGGACCCAGAGCUCCUGAUACCUCAUGUUCUCCAUCACUCCCGCCCUAGGAAGCAGUGGCGCCCCAGCAAGGCUGCUCUUCUGCAUUUCUCCGAUUGCAUCCAGCACUGUGCAAACUCUUUUAAGAAGUCGCUGCCUUUAACCGAGGUUGCUCUCCACAGUGUGGGGAGAUGCGGUACUUCAGGUGGGGCCUGAAAGCUUGUCCAGCAGCAUUUCUGUAGUGGCCACAGGGAGGUAGACCAGAAGAGGCCUGCUUCCCUACCACCUCUUCUCUCCUGCUCCUCAGUUGUCUCCAAUGUCCUGACACAUAGACAUUCUUUUGAAUGUGCCCCCUCUCCUGCAUCAUCUUCCGCUGGAUGAUCAGAGAGGAGAUGGAAAUGUAGACCCUUUCCCUGCCUUCUCCCUCCAGUCUGCUCUGCUUCUAGCCCAGGUCCAAAGAGGCUGGGGAGAUUAACCACCAUCAGAGAGCAGGGGAGCCCCAUCCAAUCAGGUGUGGCUCGAUGGUGGCCAGAUCAGCCUGGCCUGGCUGGGAAAGGGUCAUUUUGAGAGUGCCUGAGCAUCUCAGAGCAAUGUCAGUGAUGCCAAAGAGAGCAACUUGGCCUCCUUGGGCACCAGCUCUGUCUGUCGGUGGAGCUGGACAAACACAUGCCCAAGGGAAGGUCCUUGUUCUCUGACAAAGGGCUUAAUCUUUAAUGUAGCAAAGCAUCUCCCCUCCCCCAACCCUGAGUGUGGGCUUCUGCGGCCCAGCCUGGCUGUGCCUGUAAGAAAAGCCCUGUGAGUGAGAGACUGCGGCCUAGUCUGUCUCAGCAGGUGCUCCUUGAAAAGCAUGAGUGUUGCUUUGGAGAAACCGGCUCUGGCUGGACACUAGCCAACAGGGACAGGGCCUGCCAGCAAGUCCAUACUGAUGCCAGGAAGGGUCCCUGGACCUGAGAAUACCAGGGACAACUGAGCAUCUGCCCCAUUAGCCAAUGACCUGGACAGGGAUGGCUGUUCUUUACCUUUUUUUUUUUUUCUCCCCUCUUUUUGCCAGAAACUGUGACCUUGUGUGAGACUCCUCACCGGGCCUUGGCAUCCUCAUCUGUAAAUCAGAGCAUUAGCUAGUUGCUCCAUGGCUUCCCCCAUGCUUCAGAAGUCGUGGCUCGGAGUUGAUAAAGGUGGUGGGAGGCCGGGUUCAUCUCCCCUGGUUCUCCUGCUGGGAGCAGGUCCUCAUUUGGUCCAUGCUCAGAUCCUACUCCUGACAAGAGAACCCCAGAGCCCGACAGAUGUGGCGUCACCUCUUUGUGAUUUGUCGGCCCCCCACCCCCACCCCCACCCUUCCGCCACUCUCUGGUCUUGGUGAGAAAUGACUGUUUCCAAGGGCCAGUUCUCAUUCUGCUUCUAGAUGACAGCCCGGGAAGAGUGGACACUCAGAGCCUCUUAAAGGAAUUCUCUCUGAUGGGACGAGAGAAGGAACUUCCGAGUAUUUGGCUUUUUAAAACCGCUUCUCCCCAAACGUUAUCUCAGAAGGCAGAGUGGCUGCUUCCUCAGGGAAAGCAGACCCAAGACUUCCAGCAACUCCUGUAGCAUGGAAACUCACAGAAGGCAGGAACCCCUUUUUUAGAAUUUCCAAAUGCAUCCUGCGAAGAGAGCGAGCGAGAGCUGUUAGGGACUGACAAGCACACUGUUUCGAUAAGAAGUAAUUAGCCUUUUAUACCUGAGCUCUCUGCAGUUUCUGUGUGCAGCGUCUUUCCAAACUGUGGCUCCUGGAUGGCAGGUGGGCAGCUGGGAGGGAAAUGCCGGCUGUCUCAUGUGACGUCCUUGCCAAUCCCCUUGAGGAGAAAAUUCUUCACACGGCUUCUGCAUGUACAGUAUUUGGGCAGCAAAAAAAAAAAAAAAAAAAAAAAAAAAAAAAAUUAAAGUUCAUUUGAAAUUGGU